CAACCGAGACUGAUUAUAUAUCCAUUUAUAAGUGUUUGUUUGUGCAAGAAGAGUCCACUACUGAUACUUUAUUUUUAUUUUGGAGUUUUGAAUAAAUGAUAUGAGUGUAUUGUGUCCCUUAUUAUAAAAACAUUUAAUUAGACUUCAGUCGUUGUGAUAAAAAUACAUGUGAAGUGAAUUAAAAAUGGAUUUUCCGUCAAUUUGGAUUAAAAGUAAUAUGCUUCCUAUCUUCCGAGACAGUCCAAAGGACAAAUUAGCAAGAAAAAAGAUGAGUGAAGCCGAAAUAAAAGUUCAGCGAUGCUUAGAAAAAUUAUCAAUUCCCGAGUGGUACUUAAACAGUUCAUCGAAGCCACCAAAAAUUUUAAUGAAUACUACACCCAUUGAAUUACGUCCUGCUCCUUGGAAAAGUGAAAAUAGCAAACAACAAAACACAAAUGCUUCGCGUAUUCUUCAGAAAUAUUAUGAUUCGCCAAAAAAUGGUGGUAAACCAAUGAAUUCGUCAUAUGGUGGUGUAACUUCAUCUAAAGCUGUACCGCCCAAGAAUUUCAACAAUACCGUUUCAGUAUGGACGAAAAUAUCACCAAAUAAGAAACAAGAAUCAAAUAAUAAUAAAAUUAGUAAGCUAAGAAAAUCAAGUUAUAUAAGCAAAUCAUUCCCGAAAAUAUCGCCAUCGAGAAAAAUCAAGCACAUCAACUUGGUUUUCCCUGCAAAGGAAUUAGCUCCAGAUGAAAAGCUUGAUCCAUCACUUGACAUAUCAAUUUCAGACGUCUUAAAAAAGAGAGCUAGUUUGAAACCAGCUCUAUUGGAUCUUCCAUUAAUAUCUCCUAAAGUUGCUGAUAACAUCUUCGUUAAACGAGACAAACUUCAUCGACAAAAUAAAACUUCUUCUACUACAACCAGUAACAGUACUACAACCAGUAGUAAUACUACAACCAGUAACACUACUAAAACCAGUAAUAAUACUACAACCAGUAACACUACUACAACCACUGGUACUACAACUAGUACCCCAACAACUAGCAACAAUAAUUCUAAUAGCACUACAACUAGCGAUAAUACAAGUGUUAAUAAUAGUCCUGUUAAAAAUCUGAAUCCUUAUGCGUCAGGUGUGAAUCUUUCGAUAUCUGAAGAUAAUUCGCCAUUGACUAAUCAAAACUCAAAAAAGGAAGCUAAUCAUGAACAAUCUUCAUUUGAUCAAGAAGAUUCAGUAGACCUCAACGUUACACCAAUACCUGUAUCAAGAACCUUCAUCGACAAUUUUGGAAGGUUAUCAUAUCUUAGCAGUCCAUUCACAUUUAAAUCUCCAAGUCUUUUGAAAACUAUUAAUGAAAACUAUGAAGAUCCGCCUGAUCAUCCACCACCACCUCCUCCACUUGAAAUUUUAUCAGAAACUUUUACGAAAACUAAAGGAAAAUCACCUAUUCUACUACAAAAAGAAAUGGAAGAAGAAGCAAAAAAAUCCAAAGAAAAAUCAUCCAUUCUACGACAGCCAAUGUUCAAAGAACAAGAGAAAGACGUACAUAAAUCCGAAUGGAUGUCACCUGUCCCACCACAGACAGAAUUAAAAGAACAAAAAAAUGAAGUUAAUAGAUCCCAGAAAAUGUUUACGGUUCAGAAAAUAAAAAUAAAACAACAAGAGUUAGAAACAGAACUAUUUCAAGGAGAAUCACCAAUCAUACCUAUGUUACGACAAACAAAACUGAAAAAAGAGGUAGAAGAAAUAAAAAGACCAGAAAACAAAUCACCUGUUUUACGUCAGCCAAAAUUAGAAGAACAAAGAGCGAAAUUAAAAGAUCCGACAGAAAAUUAUUUACACUACCACCGACAGAAUUAAAAAGAACAAAAAGAAAUUAAAAGAUCCGACAGAAAAUUAUUUACACUACCGCCGACAGAAUUGAAAGAAGAAAAAAAAGAAGUUAUAAGAUCCGAAAGAAAAUUAUUUACACUACCACCGACAGAAUUAAAAGAAGAACAAAAAGAAAUUAAAAGAUCCGAAAAAAAAUUAUUUACACUACCACCGACAGAAUUGAAAGAAGAACAAAAAGAAAUUAAAAGAUCCGAAAAAAAAUUAUUUACACUACCGCCGACAGAAUUGAAAGAAGAAAAAGAAGAAGUCAAAAAAUUCGAAGAAAUUUCACCCGCUAUGAGGUUUAUGAUAAUGCAGCAAUACGAAUUUACAGAAAAUUUGUUUCAAAAACACUCAUCUGUUGUACGACAGCUAAAAUUAAAACAACAAGAAAGAGAAUUAAAAAAAAUUGAAAGUAAGUCACCUAUUUCGCGACAAAUAGAAUUAAAAGAAAAGAACCAAUCUAAAGCGAAAUCACCUAUUCUAUCAUAUACAGAAGUAAGGCAUGAAGAAACAAAAGAUGUGAAUUGGUCUGAAUGUAAUCUGAACUGCGAUACUAGUCUUGUUGAGGAUAUUGUUGAAGAAUUGAAGAAAAAAUGUCAAAUGCGAACACGUGAAACUGGUAUCCCUCGAAGUUCAAGGCGCUUUGUCAAAAAAUUGGUUCAAGUACUGGAACACAGCAACGCAGACGAUGAAAAUAAUUCCAUAGUUAUUAGUAGCAGUAGUAGCAGUAGUAGCAGUAGUAGCAGUAGUAGUAGUUCUGCUGCUUCUAACAAUAACAACAACCCCGUUGAUGACUUUGAAGAUGACGAACUUGGAAGUGAAUGUGAAGUAUUAUCAACAUCAUCUGGAGUUAUGUCAGGAUCAAUAUCUUUAAAAAAUUCUGAUGGUGAAGACCUAAUCUCUAGCAUUUCAUGUUCUCCUGAAUGUGACUGGAGUUUGGAAGCCAACGUUAACAUUGAUCAAACAAGAUAUCAAGAAGAAGCCGAUAUUGAUGGUUGGAUUUCUAUUCCAAAGAAACUCCCUCACUUGCCAAGAUCAAGUACGCUCUUAAGUGUAUAUUAUAGAAGUAUACAUUCAGGAAGAUCAUCAGGAUGGUCAUCUGGAAGGUCAUCAGCAAGGUCUUUCUAUAAAUCUCCGUCAAUCAGUCCAAUUAGAUGCAAAUCAGGAGACCUCAGAUAUCGAGAUUAUGACUCACUUAGAUUUAGAGGAAAUAACUAUCACGAUUUUGACCAAUAUCAAGAUGUAAACUUCGACACGUCAAAACCACAGGCCCAAUAUCAAGAUGUGAACUACGGCACGUCAAAACCACAGGCCCAAUAUCAAAAUGUGAACUUCGUCAUGUCAAAACCACAGGCCCAAUAUCAAGAUGUGAACUUCGGCACGUCAAAACCACAGGCCCAAUAUCAAAAUGUGAACUUCGUCACGUCAAAACCACAGGCCCAAUAUCAAGAUGUGAACUCUGGCAAAUCGAGAGCAGCUCAAAAUAAAGACAUAAAUUCAGGAAAAUCAAGACUACCAGCUCAAUGUCAAUAUGUAACCUCGGGCAAAUCAAAAUCAACAGCCCAACAUCAAGAUAUGAAUUUAGAGGAAGCACAACCUGCAGUUCACUAUCAUGUUGUGGACUUAGCUGAACUGAAACCAGUAGCCCAUUAUUUUAGCGUAAAAAAAAGACAACAAGCCCAAAAUCAAGAUUUAAACUCAGAAAAAUCACAACCAGUUCAAAAUCAAAAUAUAAACUCAAGAAGCUCCAAACCAGUUCAAAAUCACGAUUUGAACUCAGGAAAAUCGAAACCAGUCCAAAAUCAAAAUAUAAACUCAAGAAGCUCCAAACCAGUUCAAAAUCAUGAUUUGAACUCAGGAAAAUCGAAACCAGUCCAAAAUCGAAAUUCGAACUCAGGAAAAUCAAAAGGAACUAACUGUGAAGAAUCUGACCUUAGAAAACCAAGAGCACUCAAAGAUGAAGAAAUAAACCCAGGCCGAGCAAGAAGACUCAAAACACCAGAAGUCGACCCAUACAAAUUUCAAUUAAUUUAUAAUUCAAUAAGUCCAAAUGAAGUACCACGAGAAAUCCGUAAACCACAUAAGCCAAGAGUAACCAAAUACCAGGACCUUCUGGAUCCAUUCAGUAAUGAGAUUUAUGCCCGUCGUCGUACACAUAUUAUACUUAAGCAAAUGCUUUAAUUUUUAACUUAUCUAUUUUAUUAACUUUAAAUGAUGUUUUUAUUCAUGAAAUUAAUUUCUAUGUUAGCACAAAGUAUACUUUGAAUUCAAUUUUAGAAGAGUGGUAAUUAUUAUUCAAAAUUUUUCUAUGCUAGCUGUACAUAUAUUUUCUUCUUUUUAUUAUUAGAUAUUUAUAUAAAUUUUAUCAACUUUUUAUGUAGAUUAAAGAUCGUUUUAGAUUGGAUUUGCUAUAAAAAACUCCUAUAAAUAUUGUAACAUAAUGAAAAUUACACUGAAAUAAGUAAUACCGUGAGUUUUUAAGUAACUAGUCUAGAAAUGUGCUAUAAAGUAUUACUAUCUCAGAUUGGAAAAUUGUCUUAUGUGUUUUAAUAAAUUGAUAAUUUUUUAAUGAA